UUUUUCUGUAUAAGGUGGUACUUUUAAGACACCUCUGCCUAACUACAGUGAACUAACCAGAAGUCUCGGAAUAUGCUCUGGUGGUCAUUUUACACAAGUUCAGGUGUCACAUCCAUGAAACCUACACCACUAACCAGCAUCAGUCCUACAACUUCACUCUCAAAUUUAAUAAAUUCUGGGACAAGCAGAAACUGUAUUUUUAGCGGUGCAUUUUGUGGCAGGCCAGACUGCUAUAAAAUGCACUCUCCUUGUAGCACCACUUCAUCUUGGUUCAGAAGAGAUGUCCUGGAUAUACAUGAUAAUGUAACACGGGUGUUUUUGUUUGUUCAUGUUUAGCACGUUGGGUUGUGUUUUUAAAGCAAAUGUUACGUUUUUAAAGCGUGUUAUGCGACAGGUGUGUGUAGCACUGGUUACACAUCUCAAUGGGAGAGCAAUAGUCGAGACCACACCUUUACCUGACGUACAACGUGAUGUAUGGCGCACACUUUCAAAACAACAAUGGCGGAUAGAAGAUAUUGAUCGAGGCGGCUAAUGCUCCUUUCGCUGGUUGCCAACCACCAUUAAAUAACAAGAAGAAGAAAAUAUUGAUCUGCUUUUCUUAGUUUUGCACGUUUAAGACACAGUUCAAACUCAAACAAAGCUGCAAAGCAGGAGAACAACAUGGCCAUCAACUAUUCUGUGCCACAGAUCCAGUUCGCUGCAGCACAGAGUGAUGAUGAGAUGGUGGAAGAACAACAGAGACAAUUUACGGACCGUUAACAUGUGCAACUUAGAAGUAGUCAGAGGUAACUGGAUGGAGUUCAGUCAGGUUAAAUGCACGGUUGAUUGGAUUAUAUCUGAAGAUCGUAUGCUAUUCAUGACAACUCUACUAGACUCCAAAUUUCUCGUAUAUGAGGGAGUAUCUCAAAAGUACAUGAAACAACUAAACUUAACACUUUUCCCUAAAACGGACUGACAUGGGAAACAUUAAAGUUGGACUGACACCAGCUAAUCAGUCUGAAGGAAUCACAGAACAAGAAGGGAGACCACUGAGGAGAAGUUCUAUGAGUUCACGGGUGACCUCAGCUGUCAAGUUCCUGGAUGUGGGGAUGGAAAUUGAAGAGGAACUCACAAGCCUCCUGCCGACACUAGACAGAGAGAAAAUAAUCUGCAUUGCAGAACAUCUGACGGACGUUAUUGAUGGCAACAGACCAGAGAACCUGAAUGACACCAUUACUCUGGAGCCUUGCCCUGCUGCAUCAGCUGAAACAUCAAGCCAUCCACCUCACCCCUCCUCCUCCACGUCCACCACUAUGUACAACCAUUACUCCAGCUGUUGGGUCUCACACUUACAGAUUCCUUGGGAAAGAUUUCCACUCCGACUGUCGCAUGCAAUCACAAGAAGGGACAGAGCUCAUCCAGAGGACAGGAGAAGUAUGGUUAGAAUUGUUGUGGAGGCCAUGCAAGUUCACUGCAGGAACCCUAAACGUGCAUUUUGUGAAGAAGUUGCUAAAAUCAUUGUAAACAGAUACCCUCAAACAUUUGCAGAUUUUACUGAAAAGGGAGAAAGACUGGGUUGUGGACAUUAUUCACUACUGAGAAGCAUCAAAUCUAGAGUUGAACAUGUUAAUCGAGAUAAUACAACACAUAGACUUCGUCAAACAAAGAGAACCAGGAAUGAGGAAGACUACAGUCCCAACAGUAGUGGAACCCCACCCAAAAAAGUUAGAUGCCUUGUUGAUAGCUAUGGUUGUAUAAAUUGGCAGCCAGUUGAACUUCCUGAGGGGGAAACGCCAGCUUCUUUAGAGGAAAAGAAACACAUCUUGUUAACAAUUUUUAAUUCACAAGGACCUGGAGCUGUGGAGAGACCUGAUGUGGAUGACUUCAUGUGCCUCACAUAUAUUUCUCAGCAGCAGCUUAUCAACAGUUGUCCCUCACUUUCAGUAGCUGAAAUUCAGGAGCAGUGGCCAUUCUUGUUUACUCGGAAAGGUCUUUCGAACCACUUUUACAAACUCACAGGCAUCGAUAUCAGUGAGCGCUUAAGUCAGGCCCUCAUAACCAAAGGCAGAAGGAUUAUUAACUAUUUCUCCAGCCAGAAGCUCAAAUGGAACCUUGGUAUAAGGACACUCAUCCAGCAGAUAGAAAGUGAGGGAGUUUUGACCAACAACAAGGUUGGCACAGCAGCCAUACUUCUCAUGAUGAAGUAUUACAAGGAAGAUGAAGACUCCCUCUUUGUCUUAGCAGAUGAAACAUCUACCAGGAUGUCCCUUGAGGCAGAGAGCAACCUGCCAAUCACUCCAAGGCUGAUUAUGCUUGGUAAGAAGUCAUUUAUGAAAUAGAGCUGAUUAGACCAUAUUAUAAUUUCUGUUUGGCACAGGAGCUUUUCGUGGACACAGGUAUCCAGUCUCUGUUUUGUUAGCUCACAUUUCUGUAAUUUCCUUUAUAAACCAAGGUUGUUGGACAUGUGUCUCAGUGAACCCAGCAAAGUAACAAUAUCAAAUUUCACAUUACAUAUUACUGAUCAACAUGGUAGUCUAGCUACACCAACAGCAGAAAUACUGAAGUCAAUACUGUAAAGUUUAACAGCAGCACAAACUAUAAACUCCAAAAUAACCAUACAGUUGAUUCAUCUCCGGUAAUUUAAUUGGGCUGACUCUUUGUUAGGUGUGUUUAAUGUGCAGAAUAAUUC